UUGUGAUUUUGUUGAGCUAGCAUACACAUGGGCCACAUACAUUGGACCGUAUAUUUAUCAAUUAAAUAAUACGAAAUGCUAAGUUCAAAGUUGUGAACUUGAUGAAUAAGAGCAACAAAUGGUGCAAAAAAUUCCAUCUUCUCCACCUCAGAUUUCACCCCUCUCACUUGGUGGCGGGUCUUUCUACAGUUUCAUGCACGAAUGCUCUCGUAUAAAUAGAUUCACGUGGAACCUGUUAUAGCUAUAAAUUGGAGGUUUGGAUCACAUAUAUAUACACCUCUUCAUCUUCUUCAUUGGUUCACCAAAUUAUAAUCUGUUUGAGAUGGAUGCUUCUUGCGGGAUUGCUGGAUUCAAGUAUGAUUGCUUGCUUUUCGAUAUGGACGAUACUCUUUACCCAUUGAGCUCAGGUCUCAAUUUGGCAUGUCGGAAGAACAUAGAAGAGUACAUGAUAAAACACUUGCAUAUGGAAGAAAGUGAAGUACCAAAGAUUUGCCUGGACUUCUACAAGGAAUAUGGGACAACUAUGGCAGGACUAAAGGCCUUUGGUUAUGAAUUUGAUAAUGAUGAAUUUCAUGCCUACGUGCAUGGAAGACUACCAUACUGGAAACUGAAGCCAGAUCCAGUGUUAAGGAACCUUCUGCUUUCCAUGCCUCAGCGUAAAAUAGUUUUCACUAAUGCAGAUGAGGCUCAUGCACACCGACUGCUCAACAGAUUGGGCUUGAUAGAAUGUUUUGAUAGUAUCAUAUGCUUUGAAACGCUUAAUCCUCCUGAUCACACAGAUGUACCAACUGAUAAUCGCGUGUUAGCAUGGAGCAACUGUAACUCGUUGAACAAAGAAGAUUGUAACCAGGUAGAGAGUGAAUGCUUUAACUCCAAGAUACAAAUCCUCUGCAAACCCUCUGUUGAAGCCAUUGAAGCUGCCAUUCAGAUUGCUAAUGUAGACCCAAGGAAAACGUUGUUUUUUGAUGACAGUCCUAGAAACAUUGCAAGUGGGAAAGCUGCUGGACUUAACACAGUUAUUGUGGGACGCUCAGAUUUGGUGCCGGGAGCUGACCAUGCACUGAACAGCAUUCAUAACAUCAAAGAAGCGUUACCCGAGAUAUGGGAAGUUGAGGGAGACCACCAGCAAAUGAUCCAAUCUCAAGCAGUUGAAACCAUGGUCCUUGCAUAGAUUCUGCUUUGAACAGGCAAAUUUUUACUAUCGAGCAAUCCCAACCAUGGUGCAUAGCAGUUGGCUCCCCACAAACAGUGAUGCUUAAAAAUGUAAAUCAUGUUGUUGGGAGCAUGUGUGAUGUAAACGCAAAUAACAAUAGCAUAAAGAAAUGGAAAUGAGAAUUUUAUUGUUCUAAAUAUUAAGCAAGAGUCUUGUCAUACAAAAUAUGGGAAAUUAGGCAGCAACCAGACAAUCCAAACCCAUUAACAUGACUAAUAAGAGACAAUCAGAACAUUGGGAAAUGAACUGAAAA